AUGACGGAAUGGCGCAAACGAAAACGAAUGGCUAUGGAUAUGAUUGAUGGCGUGUUGGAAGAGUAUCCGAAAACAAAGAAGGCCUUGCUUGAAGACAUUGGCGUAGAAACGGAUGAAAUGGUCGGCGUUUCACUGUUACGAAGAUUCUUUUUAGGGCAUCGUCGGAACAUGCUUUUCCUAUUUGCUUGUGCAUUAUUGGCGUUUGUGAAUCCUGGAUUCGCCGACAGGGAACUCAAGUGUCUUGUUUGUCGAAGUCUGGCUGAAGAGCUGAAGGAUGAAAUUGCGAAGGCAGAUCCAAAAAAGAAAAUCGACGUUGGAACCGGGCGAUUGAGCUCCAACGGGGACGUCAAGACUAACGUGGUGCCUUACUUGAGAUCAACUGUACAUAUGUUGGAUCUAUUGGAAAACGUUUGUAGUGUUUUUGAUGACUACAUCGAGGGGACUUACAGGGAUACUAAUGAACGUGCUGUUGUGAAGAUCAUGAUCAAUGGAGCCAUGAAUCCCGACUUUUCCCGGGUUGAACCCAAACUGAAGAGUGAUUUGAACAAGGGUCUCAAAUUCUACUGUGAGACCAUCGUAGAGGAAUUUGAUGAAGCCAUUAUCCGGAUAUAUGGAAAAGUCAAUGAGACUGCGGAUGAAGCACGCGAAUUGUGCACGGAUGAAGCAAGAUUUUGCGAUCAAGAUGGCAAUGAUGUAGAUCAAGAUUCCGAAGAAAAGGACGAGCUCUAGUCAUAGAGCUAUACUCGUAUUCGAUUGCACUGUGAUUUUGAAAGUUCCAUUCAUCUCUUAUCUUCGAAACUUUUUGAAUUUUCUUCCUGCCAAAUGCAUUCAAUACUGAAGAGCUGUUAUUAUUUGAAUUCAGGCAUUAGUGCUAUGCGUACUGUUUUCAUGAGCCAUGUGGUGCUCAAGGUUGUGUGCUUUUUAUGUAAGUAACUACACUAUUUUCCUUUGUUGAAACAAAAAGGAUCAAUGUCUCUGAAUCUUGCAAAUGAAUUCAAUUGGUUGGAUUUUUGAAGAAAUAUAAAUUGUUGAAUUGUUGUGGUGAA